UAUACCUACAUUGUCACAAUGGUAAUCAGAGGGUUAUAAACAUCUCAUUUCGUACAAUGAUUUCUGAAAAACAGAUCUUAAAUCCACAGCUAGAUCACGGAUAGCUAUUUACAAUGAAGUUGCCUUUUAACAUGGUUUUGGCUCCAAUGCUGAAGCCAUAUCUUGGACGCACACGAAUGUUUUGCCACCAUCCGACGUUUUAUAUGAGCAUUUUAUAUACUUACCUGUAUGGAUUACUCGGCCUUCUAAUAAGCGCAAAUCAUUUGAGGAAGCAUUUGGGAGAAUUGCCUCCAGAUUGGACUGCAUCGAGUGCUCAAGUACAGGAAGGUCAACACUUCAUGCUGCUUCACGAUUUGAAGAUCAUCGCCACAGCUAUGGGGCUGGUCCAGUAUGCUUGUCUAUUAGCGGGCUGUUUGACUGAGAAUCCGUCGUUAUUUAUUCCACAUCUAUCUGGACAAUUGCUCAUCGUUUCCGUAAAGAUACUGAACGCUCUCCUUCUACUUGCUCCGGUCAACAAGAAAGCAAUUGGCAAGUUGACUCACAAAGUGCCCGCAAUAUUGCUGAUGAUGUUCAACUGGCUCCAAGAGUUCUGCGUAUUCAGACAAUACUUAUGUAUAUGUGACUUAUGAUGGAUAAAUCAAAAGUAAAGAA